ACAGAAAAAAAAAACCCUAAUUCUGCAAUCCCCAUUCAUUUUAUCCUUUUUUGUUUUAAUUUAUUCAUUUAAACCCCUUUUCUUCCAAAUCCAAAUCCAACAAUCCUUCUAGGGUUCUAAAGCCUUCAAAUUUUCGACUCUCUGAUUUUUUAAAUUAAUUAAGCUAAUUUUUUUUGUAAUUCAAAUUUAAAUACAAAAUAAAAGCUGCUAGCUAUAUAGAUAUAUAGAUAUAGAUAUAGAUAUAUAAACAUACAUAUAGAGACAGAUGAACUUGAAGUGGAGAUUAUGAAUAGCGUAUUCAGUGAAGAAAUACUUGCAGACAAGCUUUCUAAGCUUGUCUCCACUCAACAGUGUAUUGAAACCCUAUCGCAUUGGUGUAUAUUUCACCGGAAGAAAGCAGAAGUGGUUGUUAAAACAUGGGAAAAGAAGUUUCAUAGCUCUGAUGUUGCUCAAAAGGUUCCUCUUCUGUACCUUGCUAACGAUAUCCUUCAAAAUAGCAAGCGUAAAGGGAAUGAGUUUGUCUCUGAGUUUUGGAAGGUCCUCCCGGGAGCUCUCAAAGAUCUCGUUGAGAAAGGAGAUGAGAAAGAUGCUGUCACUCGACUGGUUAAUAUCUGGGAAGAAAGGAGAGUGUUUGGUUCUCGGGCAAAGAACGUUAAAGAUGUGUUGCUUGGAAAAGAAUCACCUCAGCCUCUGGAGUUCACCAAAAAGCGUUCUCGUUCUGUGAAAAUCAUGAAGAGAGAUACACGAUCCUUAAGAACGAAACUUAUCAUUGGAAGUACAGCAGAGAGGAUUGUCUCAGCUUAUCAUUUGGUUGUCAGUGAACACCAUGGUGAAGAUGAAGAAAUGAAUAAAUGCAAAUCUGCUGUUCAUCGUGUCAAGAAAAUGGAAAAAGAUAUCGAGUUGGUGUUAACAAAGGCCAAGGAUCCAAAACGGAACACUUUUUCUAAAGAAUUGGAAGAACAAGAAAUUUUAUUGAAGCAGUGUAUAGAGAAACUCAGAGUUGUUGAAGCGAAUAGAAUGGCUCUUGUGUCUCAGUUACGCGAUGCAUUAAAUGACCAGGAGUCCGAGUUAGAGAAUGUUCGCACUCAAAUGCAGGUAGCACAAGCACAAACCGAGGAAGUGAUGGACAUUCGUAAGCGGCUUGAUGAUGAAAAUUAUGUGGCAGAUUCAAAACCUUCCACUGCUAGCUCACCAUCAGGAUCUAAAAAGUCUGCCUCUAAUAUAGCAGCAGAAGUAGCAGAUAGGCUAGCCGCUUCCACCUCCUCUCAAUAUAUUAUGUCAUCUGUUCUCUCUACAUUUGCAGCUGAAGAAGGUCUUUCAAAAACCACAACAGUUUCCAAUUCUCUUUCAGCCAGCAAUUCCGUCACAAAGCCUGAGAUAACGUCUUCACAAACUCAUUUGCCAGCAAACGGCCAUUACCAAACCGUUUUAAUGCCCCAACCAACUGUCAUUCCUAGCUCUCAACCUCAAUACCAUACAAUCUCGAACCCACAUUCCCAGCAAUAUUUGCAGCCUUCUGGCGGCAUGGUGACCUCGUAUGCAUAUGCUAGCAACAAUGUACCACCAUUGCCCACAGGUCCUCCUCCAGUUGCGCCCGCACCUCCAUCUUAUAUGAUGAGCCCGAUGGUUCCUUUGACUCACCAGCCAAUGCAGAUGACCCAGCAGCUUCCCCAGCAACCUAAUUUCAGACCACUACCUCCUUUGCAACCACCUGGAAUGGUGUUUUAUGCGCACCCUCAUCAGUCACAGUGAUCAAUUUAGGGAUGAUUUUGAUAAUUAAUUGUGGGUUUCGUUUAGAAAAUCUUUAUAGAGUUCUCCCAAAUUCGUGGUUGUCUUAAUAUGUUUUCUUAGUUUAAGUUACUCAGGAUCAGGAUAAUUCUACUGUACAAUGGUGGUUCAAAGGCAGCUGACAGUUUUCCGAUAUCUGAUUGUUGAUACAUUAUGAGGCACUAUGUUCUGAGAUAAAUGGUAAGUGUUAUAUCUUUCAA